AUGACAGAAGCAGACGAAGAGGGCAUGGCAAUGGCAGCAGCCGAAACAGCGGCAUACAGGAGUCUCCUACAGCGAUGUCAGGACUUUCAAGCGCGGCACAACAGGCAUGGGAGGGAUGGCACAACCACCACCACCGACACUACUGCAUGUACUACAUGUACUACCAGUAUUAAUAGUAGUGAUGGAAAACCAGCCGCCAAGGAACACGAGUUUCAGGAUUUCUUACAAACAUGGAAGGCUGAAAGGGCUACUGCAUAUUCUUAUAGUAUCGGUACUGGUAGUACUAGUAGUCCAGGUUGGCGCCGCCCUGACCACCACAAGAUGACGCCCCAGCCUUUUUCUCUGAGCGACCAUCGACCGUAUGAAAGACCCGAGGUUGGAGAUUUGGUUUCAUUUCAACAACCACAGCCUGGUGUACAUGUAUUGCAUCGAGUGGGUGUCGUUUCUUCCAUUAGUCAUAAUCGAGGUACCAUAGAUAUUUUGAAAAGUUGCACUGCUGCUUCCAAUGAUGAUGUGGAGUACAUGUACCAGACAAUUCCCUAUGACUUUUCGGAAGAAGCCUUUGGUACGGCACAAUUUCGGAUACGGCAUGAUCUUUGCGAGGGACAAGUCUGUUAUGAUACUGCCAACAAGACGUGGUGUCAAAUACAAUCCAUUCCCAGCAACAAGGGCGGUGUUCACGUUGUAGUUUUACAGCAAGGCGACCACAGCAUGCCAACAUCAGCAACUGUCUGGAUGCCUCCGGAUCAUCUGGUGGGAGCCUGUGAUGAUUCCAAACUUCCAUCCGUACACGACAACCACAAGGAGCAGCAAGUCUCCAAAGAAUUGGCAUUGUUUCUGAAACAAAGGAUGAUGGCAAAGAGGAAACAAUCUCCAUCGGGUGCUUCUACUACAAACCCAGCAGCAAAGAGGACAUGCAGGGCGUCAGAACGAUUCAACAAUGCUCGCACAAACGUUACGUCGCCAUCCAGCCAGCAGCAUCGAACGUUUGAAAUUGGGGAGACUGUCACCUUGUUGGCUCACAAAAGGGGAUACUACAUUGCCAAGGUGAUUGAUAUCGCACGCCAAGACGACAACGAUGACAAGCUCUUGAUCAAGUGGACUACAGGUGUGGAAGAGGAGGAAUGGGUCGAUUCCAAACAAUGCACUAGGGUCGACGACCGAAAACGACGCAGAAGAAAACCGCAAUGGCUGGAUGAUGCCACGUGGGAAGGUCCGCCUGUCUCUAUUAUAACAAUAGAGGAGACAACUCCAGCGCAAGAGCUUGACGAUCAAGCAAGACGAAUCACCUUGUCACCCAGGGGAUCUCAAACAAGUGUUUCCAAGAAGAAUGCACCGACUUGGAAAAACAAGGAACAACGUCAGAUUCAUCAACCAACAAAUCAAAGUGAGCAACAAGUACAAAGCAACAACAACAUGUCAUCAUCACCCACCAGAAAAAAAGGUCCAAGGAAACCACUCGAAACGCGCUUCAUGGUCCAUGUGGAGAAGAAUCGUGCUUCCCCUAAUAAUACUGAAGAAACAAAGCAAAAUACUGUAGUGAGGAGCUAUGCACGAGGCAAGUUCUGCAAGGCGCAAAAUGGAAGUCUGUUUUUGCUCGCGGGAGAGAUUGUGCGGUACCAAAAGAACGGUGCAGCCACUUCGGAGUUCCAAUACUAUGAUAUCACUGAAAAGACGUACAUCACAGUGACUCCUCCAGACGAUGACGACGAAACACAACAGAAUCCCCAUGCUCAUGUGGGACACCGGGACAAUCAGCUUCCCCCGGCUCGUUUGGAGGAUGGUGAUUGCGAUUGUUGCUUGUGGCAGCGAGUCAAGUCGUAUGCACGACAAGCAGAGCUCGCCGAUGCCAACAAACAAAGAAAGCAAAAUUGUUACCACAACAAAUCCCCCAUUCUUCGACCGUUCCAGCCCGUACAAGUCAAGGGCGGUGUUGGAACGACGAGGGAAGCGAUUGUGCUGACAAUCACCGGGGAAGAGUGUCGUGUGAAAGUCCAAUACGACGAUAGCCAAGAGGUGGAAUGGGUGGAGGCUUCCAAGUUAGAGUUGCUUGGUGGUUCAAGUGAUGGACCCUUUAGCUGGGAUCGCUUCUUUGAAACGGGUCAGUUCCAUACAACAAGAACUCUUGCAGAGACAACCGGAUUUUUCAGAGAACUUCCUGGUUAUUUGCUGGAACAAUGGCGCAAUGCGCACUCCAGCAGUUCUCACGAGGAGUUGACAACGGAAUACAACUCGAGAGUUCUUCAACGAGACUUGAGACGUCGCCUUGUGCAGCCAGAUUGGCGAGAAGGCCAAAAGAUUCGCCGAGACGUCGCGGACAGAAUGCAGGAGCGUUGCCGUGAACUCCGCGAACGCUUGGCUACGGACUAUGGGAAACCAAAAGAAGCGACAUUUUUGACACGAAACGACGUGAAGCGUCAGAUUCUGGUCAUGAAAGAGGGGUCGCCAUAUGCUAACAUACUCCUCCUGUGUGGAGGCAUUGCACCGGAGGUGGCAGCUUACAAGAGGUUGGGUGUUCCCUUGGGAGUUAUCAUCCUUCAAGAUACAGACAUGGAAGCUGUCGGCUGCGCCGUUGCGGCGUACCCUGACGUCCACUUUGCAAUAGUCAUUGGCGACAAAAGCAAUCGAAACAAAAAAGAGGAAGGUGCUGCCAGCAAAUGUGCGGGGGAUAUCAAUAUUCUAGCUGAUGAAACCGUUGUCGAGCAAUUGCAGGUUGCAGUUGGCGGAAUCCACAAUGUUCACAUUACGAAUCCUUGUGAUUCUUGGGACCUGCUGGGAAGAAAGGAAGGGCUUUUGAAUAGAAACGACAAAGGACUCCUGCUUUACAGCAUACUGGGCCUACUAGAAGAAACCAGCGGUGAAAAACCCAUGGUUCUAGCCGAAAAUUUGCACUCCACAGAAGAGUCCAAGAACGUCCUCCACCCGAGCUUUGAGGCAUGUGGAUCCAUGUGUUCCCCGUCCGAGAGGCUGCGUCGAUUUUGCACUCAACGACCUCCCGUUGAAUGCUGUCCGGAUGCCUUGGCAAAUCAAAGGCAGGCUCGGGAUUGGGAAAAUGCUUUACCGCCAAGUCUUAACGGAGACUUGCCGGAGUAUAGUGCAGGGUCAGUCCUUCAGGAUCCCAAUCGGAGAGUGCACCCAGCAACCAAGAAAUUUGAUUGCUUUGUGAGAUCCGAGGACCGGUGCUCCAAUGCACCUGUGUGGGAGUUGCGCAACGGACGGGUUCCACGUAACGCAGAGCUUACGCCUCUGGAAAUGGAAAGAGCCGUGGGCUACAACGAUGCCGAGAUCGGCACCGAAGGCGUGACGAAAUACACAGCAGUGGACGCAAUCUUGGAGCGUAUCGAUGGACACGAUUUCGAGAACAGUGGUUGCCUUGUUUCCUUGAAGGGCUGCGGUGAAAACAGGAGCCGGUUACGAGUCGUUCAAGACAACAAGCGCAAGCAAUGGCUUGGAAACUCCCAAACCGUGACACUGCUGGAAGCGCUCCUUUGGAACGACCGUAGAAUGUUUCCUGCAAUCGAGGAGCCGUAG